UGGAGCUGCUGGCGGGGAUUUAAAUAAUAGGGUAGAGGGGGUGAUCAUACUCCACGUGUUUUUAAUUUUUAAAUUUUAUUUCUUGUGCUUUUUAGUAUGUAUUGAAUAAAUAAUUGGUAUUUAAAUAAUAUAGCAAGAUGAUGCACGUUGCGAGUCCUAAUGACAUCAAAAUUUAUGAUUUGAGUGCUGGGAUAUCACUUCCAGAAUGGAUAUCAGCACAAAAAAGGAGGAGUUUAUUAAAAAAACAUGCGCGUCUGCGUAGCGAGAUCCAACUUAUACAGGAUUUUGAUAUGCCUGGUGUGAGCACUUCUGUUAAAAUAUCUAGAGAUGGACAGAGUAUUUUAGCGACAGGGAUUUACAAACCGCGAGUUAAAUGUUUUGACACCAAGGAACUGUCGAUGAAAUUUGAACGAUGCUUUGAUUCGGAAGUUGUCAACUUUCAAAUUUUAUCUGAUGAUUACAGUAAACUCGUAUUUCUUCACUGUGACAGGCAUGUGGAAAUUCAUGCCGCCCAUGGAAAGUAUUACAGACUACGAAUACCCAGAUUUGGUCGGGAUCUAGAGUAUCAUUAUCCUUCAUGUGAUUUAUUUAUUGUAGGAGUCAGUAAUGAAAUAUACAGACUAAGUUUGGAAAGAGGUCAAUUUUUAAAACCAUUUGAAUCAGAGUCCGCGGCAAUAAACAAAUGUGCUAUUAAUCCAGAGCAUCAUCUUCUGACUGUCGGUACUCAGGAAGGAAAAGUUGAGGCCUGGGAUCCAAGAAUUAAAGACAAAGUCGGCACUUUAGAUUGUGCUUUUUAUUGUGCGACACAAAAUUUGAGUAUGGAUACUGUGCCAUCAGUUACGUCAUUGAAAUUCAAAGGAGGCUUAACAAUGGCCGUAGGAACAGCCACAGGUCAAAUUUUACUAUACGAUAUUAGAUCUAAUAAACCCUUUUUAAUGAAAGAUCAUAUGUAUGGUUUACCAAUAAGAGGAAUUGACUUCAAUGACAAAAUGGAUUUAGUUUAUUCAAUGGAUAGUUCUAUUGUCAAAAUUUGGGAAAAAAAUACCGGAAAAUUAUACACAUCAAUAGAAUCAAAAUCAGAUUUUAAUGACUUAUGUGUAGUACCAGAUACAGGUUUCUUAUUUAUUGCGAAUGAAGCACCGAAAAUAAAGACAUAUUUUAUCCCAAGUCUUGGACCUGCGCCAUCUUGGUGCAGCAGACUCGAUAAUUUGACUGAAGAAAUGGAAGAGACGAAUUACGAAACAGUUUAUGAUGAUUACAAAUUUGUGACUGAAAAAGAAUUAGACGAAUUAGGAUUUUCACAUUUGAAAGGGACGAAUAUGUUGCGUGCUUACAUGCACGGUUACUUCAUGGACGUGAGACUUUGGCGCAAAGCUAAGGAUGCUAUCCAGCCGUUCUCAUUUGAAGAAUUUAAGAAGAAAAAAAUACGAGAAGCGAUUAAUGAAAAUCGCGCAAGUAAAAUUAAAAUUGAUAAACUUCCUCAGAUUAAUAAGGAGCUUGCUUAUAAAUUAAUGGAAAAUGAAACGAAUAACAAGAAUAUUAAGAAGAAAAAAGGAGCUGAAAGUCUACUCAAAGACGAUCGUUUCAAGACUCUCUUUACCAAUCCAGAUUUUCAAGUUGACAAAAACGCUGAAGAGUUUAUUCUUCACAAUCCAGUUAUUGCGCAGCUGGAUAAAAGCAAAGAGAAAAAAUUACGCGCUCUUGAGACUAAGCAGCCGAAAGAAAAAAUACUCACUGCUUUUGAUGAUGAUGACCAUCGUCAAGAUUCCGAUGAUGAAUUAUUACGUGACUCGAGUUCUGAUGACGACAAGCCCUGGUCUGAAGAUGUUAAGAAGAAGUAUCGUCAGUUGAAACGAAUUAGGAGAGAAGCUGAAGAGAAUGAAGAAGAUGAAGACGAAGAUGAUGAAGAUAAAGUUAAAAAUAAAGAUGGCGGUGGACGAGUUGGGGAUAAAAAGCAGCCGAGAUUUUUCGAAGUCAAAGAAGGUGUUGAAUUCCGAGGAGGAAAAGCUUACAUGAAGAAAAGAAAUAAAGCGAGUUUGGAAGAACGAUUACAGCGAGAGGAAGCGAGUUCGUCAAAAAUAAAAGGCGCUCGGGGCAAUAGAGAAAUGACUUUUACUAUUAAUAAGAAAAAAUUCGGAAAGGGCAGAGAUGCUGUCAAGCACAGGAGAGCUGAUCAAAAAGGUCUCCUGAGACCUGCGGGUAAUAUUGGAAAGCGGAAAAAGUUUUAAAUAAAAAUAAUUUUUUAUUUUCUCAAUUUAUUUUUUUUUUAUUUUUCCUAUUUAUGUACAUAUUUAAAUUUAUUGUAUGUAAGUUAAGUACGGAGUAUUAAGUAGUUUAUUAUAAUAAACUUUGUUGAAUAAAAAUAAA